AUGGACAUGAUCACACAACAUCCGCCUGCACAACAUGCUACAAGAGCGGUUAUUACACAUUUACUCGCGUCAAAAGACAAACGACCCAAUGCAUUCGGAGCGAAAAUUCCAGUUACAUCAAAUCUAAAUAUUUCUAAAUGGAGGUCAUAUCUAYUUGAUUAUGCYGACCAUGACGUUGUGGAAUUUCUUCAAUAUGGUUGGCCAAUUAAUUAUAUGUUGGAUGUUGACCCUCAGUUGUCAUCUGUUAAUCAUCGAUCAGCGGACAUAUAUCCCGAUCACGUACAACAUUAUAUUGACACUGAAUUAAGCUUCUGUGCCAUAGCUGGUCCAUUCUCUUCAAAUCCCCUACACCAAAUCUUGACAACAUCACCUUUACAAACYGUUCCGAAGCGUGGUUCAGAUAAACGGAGAGUGGUAAUGGAUUUAAGUUUCCCGCAUGGCCAGUCAGUAAACGACGGAAUACCCGGUGAUAGCUAUUUGGACUCACAUUUCAAAUUGCACUUGCCAGGUAUCGAGCGGCUUCGUSAGUUUAUAAUUACAAAAGGUCAAGGUUGUUUAAUAUACAAGAAGGACUUAAGAAGGGCUUAUCGACAGUUUCCGGUCGAUCCUAAAGACUAUAAAUAUCUCGGAUUCAACUGGCAAGACAAAGUGUACUUCGACAUACGUUGUCCUUUUGGACUUCGGUCGUCAGCACUCAUUUGUCAGAGGUCUACACAAGCAGUAAUACACAUUUUCAGGAGCGAAGGCUACUUGGCCGACGUUUACUUGGAUGAUUUUUAUGGUGCUGAGCACACUAGUAUGGCGAUGACUGCCUUUGAACGUCUCGGACUUUUAUUCGACGAACUCGGCUUGCAAUCCUCACCAGAGAAAGAUUGCAAACCUUCAACCGAAAUGACUUGCCUGGGAAUUCUCGUUAAUACGGAGACCAUGACUUUCGCCGUACCUGACGAACGCGUCAAGGAAUUAUCUGAGGAAUUACAKCAAUGGUUAAAUCGAACAAACUUCACAAUCCGUCAACUACAGUCUUUACUAGGAAAACUCUCAUUUGUUGCGGCMUGUGUACGACCGGGUCGAAUCUUUAUGUCACGUUUACUAAAUCGCCUACGCGAACAAAAGGGUCACCAAACAUGUCGGAAAAUAACCAAGGACAUGCAGCUAGACAUCAAUUGGUGGCUGGUCUUUUUAAAGCAUUUCAACGGGACAACUCUAAUACACCUCMAUYCCAAGGUCUUUCAAGAUAUCCGAUUUACAACGGAUGCAUCACUCAAAAGAGGGGGAGCGACAUGUUUUGAUGAAUGUUUUUCCUUCGCAUUUCCUUCACACGUGGAUUCGCUGCAAUUACAUAUCAACGCACUUGAACUGUACACUUUGGUAGUAGCGGUACGUCUGUGGGCCCCACGAUUGACAGGAACGUCUUUUCAAAUUUCAUGUGACAAUGAAGCAGCUGUGCAGGUCUUUCGUUCUGGUCGCUGCCGAGAUACCUUCAUGCAGCGUUGUUUGAGACAACUCUGGUUCACGGCGGCUCGAUACGAUCUGGACAUUAAAGUUCAACAUAUACCGGGAUSACACAACACUUUUGCGGACUGUCUUAGCCGUUGGGAUAAUGAGUCUUACGCAAAACAGUUUCAAGACCUAACAAAGGAACAUGGACAUGACUAUACUUUGAUCACCUUAGACUCUGAUUUGACGCAUUUCGAAAUCAACUAA